AUGAAAAUCCAUCUAACACUUCUGCUAACUCUCCAAAUCUCUCGGACCCACGCAUUCGAUCCGGACACUUUCAACAACUGGGCCUACACUAUAGUCUGCGAUCGAUAUCUCUCUCCGGCCACCUACGAAGAUGUGGAGCGGAUUUUCAAGCUGAACUCGAGUUCAGUUCCAGAAAUCAAGCACACUUUGCAGACCUGUAGAGGUUGGAGGAGUAUCGCUGUGACCACUGAAGGUGUGUUCGCUUUGAUGGAGCGUUUGAGAGACGAGAAAAACGAGUGGACACUUGGGCCGAUUUUCAAAAAAUGCCGCCGGAUGCGCAGUUCUGCGCAUCAAGUUUUCGCUCCGCAAAAUCCGACAGACAUGGAUAGACAUCUUUACAUCGAAAGGGUUCUUGAUUAUGGAGAUGGUAAGACGUUGGUUGGUUUCAAGAUUCGAUUCACGCCAGUAGUUGGCGAGUGGUACCAGUAUACGGUAGAGUAUAGUAAGAAAGAUGGAUUGAAGUUGUUGGAGGAGGAUCAAACUGUGGGAGGGUGUUAA